AUGUUAGCAGGAAAAUAUGCUCCUGUACGUGUACCUGUGAUGGUGAUGACUUGCGCAAUGAGUAUGGGCGACGCAGUGUUACGCGAGCGUCUUCCGGCGCUAUGGAGACGAAUAGAAGAUGCCCACUACAGUUAUUUGGAGACCGAUGACAGCCCUGAGAAGUUGUUACAAAAGAAGAAGUUAGAAGGUUACAUAAUUGAGUAUCUGUCUCUUGUACCACAUGAGUGUAAAUUUGGUCUGGCAGAAACUACAAAAGUGUUCCAGCGAACGAUAAACGAGCUGCCCGAUUUUAGUGCGUACCGCGCUGGCAUCGGAUGGGCGGCGAUAGCACGGUACGCGGGAAACCUACUCGCACAACCUUGGCGAAAGGAGUAUAAGGUUAUUAGGCUAUACUCUGGCUUCUAUAAGCACGAAGUCGAAGCUAACAUGAUUGGAGCGGAAACUUUGCUUCAAUCGAUGGGCUACCGUCCGGACGACCACUACGCCGGUCGUCUACGACUGGACGGGCCUGCCUGUCCCGAUAUGGUUGCCGCUGUUUCACGCGACGCUCUUAUUGCACAUUGCGAGUGCCAGAUAAUGUCCCAGGUGUGGGAGGAGGUGGUGGGCAGGGGAGUGCGCGUGAGCUGGGCGGAUGUCGCGCGGGAACGCGCCGCCCGCGCGGGCUCCGCUCCCGCCGCAGCAGCCGCUUUAUCCGGGUACAGCGAUGAGCCGGAAAUAUAUUCCAAUAUACCAGCAACAGUAACAGCUGACGCUCAUCACAGCAGGUUACCCGAAUCUCGGUAUCCUAAUAACUCCCUUAUGCCACAGUGUAAUCAUUCAUGCAAUGACAUAUCACCAUUAGAAGAACCAAUCACACCAAUUAUUCAUCCUUCUUACAUGGUGCCUUCUAAUAUGUUACCUCCACAUAUGAUGUACCCUUUCCAACAUCAGCAUAUGAACUCCAAUAUCCCCGUAACAGUUCCAUCGUGUAAUACUGUAUCUGUGAUGACCCCUUAUGGCGCUGUGCCGUAUUAUUACCCCGUACAAACUCCCUACAUGAUACCAGGUCCCGUGUACGCACCAAUCAAACACGCGACUAACGUACCAAUCAAUGGUUACCCACCACCUAUGCAACAGUAUAGAUAUACUACAAUGCCCGCAGUGCCUACAGCUCAGCUAAUCGAACUGGAUACACCAUCAGUAUACGAAAAUGGAAAGUUUGAGAGGCAAAGAGACGAAGAAAGAAAUAAUAAAAAGAACAGUAAACAACUGGAAAGUUUAAAAAGAACAUCAUCAAGAUCUGGCUUUAGCGAUGUUACGUUACCUAGUCUACCUCGUUCGGAUACACAACCGACAUUAAGCAAAGCAAAAGAAGAUGGAAUGGGAACAUAUGAAAGCUGGGAUUAUGUGUUCAGAAAUUUGUCAAGCAAAGAGCAAGAUGGAGACAGUAGGAGCGGCUUUUCUCAAUCAUUAGAUAGAGAUUCAAGGACGCUUGACAGAUUGGAUAGGGAAGAAAGGAGAUCGAAGUAUCAACUGACUUCUCUAGAUUUAGAGGAUGGCCUACAAGCUCUAAACUUAGAUCGCUCUUAUGAUGAGGAGCAGUAUAGAACAGCGAAAGUAAAUGAGAAUCUCAUGAGGUUGAAGCAAGAGCAAGAGUUAAAGAGAGCGAAACAUUUGGCUAAAAAGCAACAGGCAAGCGAAGAAAGAAAAACAAAACGACAGAUAACAGAACCAGUGGGCAAUCCCAAAGCAGAUGGUCUAAUACCUAGUAAGAUCUCAACAGAUAAAGUUAAAUUAUUAACAAAGAAAGAAAUAAAAGAUAGAAAAGAAGUGAUUAAGCAACAGACUUCGGUGAAUGGGGCUACAUCAAAUGCAGCUGAAGUGAAAAAAGUAAAGAAACCAGCUAAGUUAGUAGCUGUUGAGGUGGAAAAGUCUAGUAACAACAAGCCUUUGCCAAACGGCGUCCAUAAAAUGUCGCAUGUUGCAAAAAGUGUUGCAACCUCUAGGACACACCAGUCAAAUUACGAUCUAAAGCAGCAGUUAGUUGUUUCACUAGACGAGCCAGACUACGUACGUCGUUCACCACCAAAGCACGCUCAGCAAAAUGGUGAAAGGGAGCGCUCUUCAAGUCGGGCUUCCCAUCAUAAUAGCGACAAAGAGAGGCCUGAUGUAAGAGAAAUUGAGGGUAGGAGGGACAAAUGGCAGUGUGCUACAUGUACGUAUUUAAAUAAAGCAUCAUUGCAGGCUUGCGAAAUGUGUGGUAAAUCGAAAAGAGGCCCGGAAAUACAACCCCUUACCUCUGGAGGUAGGGAAUGCCCCACUUGCACUUUAGUUAACAAUAGGGCUGCGACUGCUUGCGACGCUUGUGGCACAAGUUUAGAAUAUUGUCCCACCUAUAUUUAA